GACCUGCGCAGUAGAAGCGGAACUAGCUGUCUGCUGCGCAUCAACAGACCCGGGUGCUUUAGAUAAAAUCACCGAUUAAACGUCAUAUUUGGAAUUUUACAGGACAUCAUGGAGUUAUCUGAGAUAUUAUACAACAAAGCGGAGUACAUAGAGACGGCUUCAGGCAACAAAGUGAGCAGACAGUCGGUUCUGUGUGGGAGUCAGAAUAUAGUCCUGAACGGAAAGACCAUCGUCAUGAAUGACUGCAUCAUCAGAGGAGACCUGGCUAAUGUCAGGGUGGGAAGACACUGUGUGGUGAAGAGCAGGAGCGUCAUCAGACCUCCAUUCAAGAAGUUCAGCAAAGGAGUGGCCUUCUUCCCGCUGCACAUCGGAGACCACGUCUUCAUUGAGGAGGACUGUGUGGUCAACGCAGCUCAGAUCGGCUCCUACGUCCACAUCGGAAAGAACUGUGUCAUUGGCCGUCGCUGUGUGCUGAAGGACUGCUGUAAGAUCUUAGACAACACGGUUCUUCCUCCUGAGACGGUGGUGCCGCCGUUCACCGUCUUCUCUGGAUGUCCAGGUCUGUUUUCAGGGGAGCUUCCAGAGUGCACACAAGACCUGAUGAUCGACGUCACUAAGAGCUACUACCAGAAGUUCCUGCCCCUCAGUCAGAUCUGAGACACUAAACAUGUCUCCACAGACCUGAACUUUGAUGGGACAGACAUCCUGGAUUCUAGUUGUUCACGUUGGAGACAGAGGCUCAGGGGAACGUCUGCAGGUGAGGAUGAGGAAGAGCUGCAGCGUGAAGGACGUCGGACCAAAAUAACAUUUCCUUUGAGGACGUUGGCUCUGUGUUUAUUUUAAUGUUUACUGGCUCAUGUAAAAAGUAUUUAAAGUUUUAUUUCAGUGGAAUUAAAACAUGUUGUUGGACACAAGUGAAGAAUAAAUAAAAGUUUAAACGCC